AUGUCGGGCAUAAAAACUUUAGGGCAAAAAGGGGGGAGCGAUGGCGUGGAAGGCGCACGCGGCACUGGUGCUCGUCCAGCUCAACUAUGGCGCCUAUCACGUCAUCGCCAAGCUCGCGCUCAGUGUGGGGAUGAAUCAGAUCGUGUUUUGUAUGCUGCGGGACGCGGUCGCCAUCGCAAUUCUCGCCCCCAUUGCUUUCGUCAAGGACAGUGAGAUCCGGCCUCCACUCACUCGGAAGCUCGCAUUUUCCUUUUUUUUCCUUGGGCUCACAGGGAUCUUUGCGAACCAGCUACUGUUCAUGGUUGGAUUGAAGCUCACGUCUCCAGCUUAUGCUGCGGCACUCCAGCCGGCGACGCCAGUUUUCACGUUUUUGCUCUCGCUCUUCAUGGGCUCCGAGACUGUGAAGAUCCACAGAUACGAUGGCCGAGCUAAAGUUGGUGGUGUGCUUCUAAGCGUGCUGGGAGCGCUCUUGAUGUCCGGGUAUAAAGGACCACAGGUUGUUCCUGGCUUACAAGGGAUAGACUUCCAGACUGCAAUGGGAGGAAAGCCUUCGCCGGAACCGCUUGGAUGGUUCACGACAAUUCUCGUGGAGAUUGGAAUCGACUUGUGGCACAUUGGUAUCAUUUGCCUCAUUGGAAACUGCUUGUGCAUGUCGAUCUACAUGGUCUUCCAGUCGCUACUACUGGCAAGGUAUCCGGCCGCCUUGUCAGUCACAGCGUACUCCUACUUCUUUGGAGCGGGGAUGAUGGCUCUCGCGGCCUUGUUCACCACAAGAGAACCGUCAAACUGGUCACUAAACAGCUCGGAGGUCUUUUCUGUGAUAUAUGCUGGCGUGGUCGCAUCUGCACUAAAUUACUGGUUACUCACUUGGACCAACAAGCUGCUUGGGCCGUCGCUGGUCGCACUCUAUAUGCCUCUGCAACCAUUUGCUACGGCAAUUCUUGCACACUUUCUUCUCGGCAGUCCUAUUUACCUCGGGAGUGUCUUUGGAGGUGGACUAAUUAUUCUCGGCCUCUACUGCGUGACAUGGGGAAGAUGGCAAACUGAGAAACUCCUGCUAGCCACGUCCCAUAAACGAGAAGAUCACUUCGAGCGAUGGAGAGGAGAAGAAGAUCUUCCUCUCACGGAAUCGCUCUACAGGCUUCUGGAUCCCAAAGGCUUGACACAAUUGCCACUGUCAAGAUCCUGGGGAGAACCACAAUGACCAGCAAUGAACUCCAUCGAGCAUCAAGGGACUUCCAGCAAGCUUGGAGAAUCGUUUUUAUCCGAGUUGAGAUCGAGGGCGCUGAGAUCUUUCGCCAGACUGGUGUUGUGCUGAUCUUGCUCUUUGUUCUCUGUGAAAAGGACAAUCAAAGGGGGUAAAGCUUAAAAGAUUUGACUCA